AUGAGGUCGGGGAGGGUGUGUGGGGUCCGCACAGACAGGGCUGAGCCCGGAGAGGUGCCAGUGACCGCAGGCCCAGAAUCCACCAAACAGCAAGGCGACUCGCACGGAGGGCCCGGGCCGGGCGCGAUCCGGAAUGCCAUCCCUGCAGGAGCUCCGGGUCCCUGGCCGGCGCAGCGGGCGCGGGAACCUGGCAGCCGGGAGCGCCCCAAGCAGCCGGGAGGCGGCGAGGAGAGAGCCGGGCGGCCUCCAGGCCCCGGAGACGGUCCCAAUCCCCCGCGGGCCGGGAAGGAGGACCCGGGGGCCCCGCCGGCAGCACAGCGGCUCCUCUGCCGGGCUAAGGACUUCCGAUCGAACGGGCUUGGCCCCCCCGGGGAGAAACUGCACCAGCUGCCCGCACGCGGCCACCGACGGGGCCGCGCGUCCCCCGCCCGCUCGCCUCCCCGGGCCCGACCUGGGGCCUCGGCCGCCUCCGCGGGAACGUGCGGGCGGAGGACCGGUGCGCGGCCUGUCCCCGAGCUCGGUCGCGGGGCCCAGGGCUCAGACGUGCGGGCGCCCGGGCCUCCCCCGCAGAGGACCCCAGCGGGAAGCUCCGGGGCCGGGGAUCACCGAGGGGCGGGGCGGGAGGAGUCCCCCCCCCCCGGGCUCCGGGCUCAGACGUGCGGGCCCCCGGGCCUCCCCCGCAGAGGACCCCAGCGGGAAGCUCCGGGGCCGGGGAUCACCGAGGGGCGGGGCGGGAGGAGUCCCCCGGGCUCCGGGCUCAGCGCCGGAGACAGGUCCGACCCAGGAAGCCCCCACACACAGGAGCAGCUGAGGCCGCGCACCGCGACUGUCGAGCCGGUAGAGCGCGGAGCCGCGACUCCUGCGGCCGGUGCCUCCCGGAGCCUGUCUCUGCAGCAGGAGAAGCCGCGCGAAGAGAAGCCCGAGCCCCACCGCUGGAGAAAAGCCCCCACGCCCCCUGGAGCCUGUGGGGACGUUCUGGCCGAGGCCGUCUCCACAGAUGAAGGUGCCGUGGGGAUCGGGGCGCAGCUGGCCAGUGACACCCCGAGAGGAGUGCCCUUUUUCUGCCCACCUUCUCCGCUGGCGGGCUGGCAGGGGUGCAAGUCCUGGAACCUGUCCUCACUCCGAAGUCUGGGUGGCCUGUACACGGGGUCUGUGUGA